CAGGCCGACGGGAGGUGAACCUGCCCAGGGCCCUGAAUCUAAAGGACCCACAACAGGGCAGAUCCUGCCCAUAGGAGCCAAGGGCAUCCGUGACUCCAGCCUCUGCCAAGUCAGACUGUGUCCCGGCUCAGCAUCGUGUCUGGGAGGGGCUGGGCGGCUAGACGUGGAUGUCACCGUGUGGUUCGGAAGUGGGCCACGUGCAGACCUGUGCAGGGUGGUGACAGCCCUCCACUCACCCAGACACUGGCCCCCAGGGAGCCAAGGAGUGUACCCUUGUCCCGGAGAGUCUGAGCAUGCUGGACACUGGAGGCUGCGGGCCACGCUCCGCCGUGCCCAUCUGGCCCCAGGUACCUGCCAGUUUGGCGCCUCCGGCUCGGCAAAGCAGAGGCCAGCGGGGCUGGGAGCAGCCCAUCUGCUCCUGCAAGGGCUUGGCGGAGGUGUGAAUUCCGGGAGCUGUCAGCAGCCCCAGCCAGAGCCUGGGUCUCCUCCAGGCCCUGCUCCAAGGCCACCAUCGAGCCACCAGCUGCCCGGGUCGGGGGUGGGGGUGGGGUGGGUGGGUAUACGGCUGGAGGGCGGGGCUAGCAGGGCGCUCCUGGGUGCAGCCACCCCGGUUGGACCCGAGGUCUGCACCUCGGACGUGAGGGAGAGCGUGUCACCUGGCACUCAGCACCGACACACAGCUGCUGGGCCCCACGGGUCCCAGGCCCACCGUACGGCCCCUUUAAGUGCAGCCCCGCCGGCCACCAGCGGGGGCAGCACUGAGCGGCCGGCGGCCUCCGCGCCGCUGCCUCGAAGCUUCUGCCGGUGCCGGGGACGCCGCGGAGCGGAGCCGGGAAGGCGGAGCGGGCGCAGGCCUGCGCAGCCCACCGGGCGCGCGCGGCGGGGAAGCAGCGCCCAGGAUGGAAAGGGGUGAGAAGCGGACAGUCCUGUGGACAGGGACGGAACGGGGGAGGGCGCAGGGCUAGGAUGGGACGGACACCGACGCCCCGUGGCCCUGACCCAGAAGAGCAGACCUGCGGGCAGAAAGCCCCUGGCACCCUGGGACACAGAGGGUCGACCUGGCGGCCAGAGAUCCUGCCAGGUGCUCCUGACGCCGGCAUGGAGCAGGAGCCUGCGGCCUCAGCCAAGGCCAGCAGCCAGGACUGCUGCGUCCACUGCACCCCAGGGCUAAAGUCCCCCAAGGCAGAGUAAGCGGCAACCGCCAGCCUGGGGACCUCUUUUAAGAUGACUCGCACGGACCCGCCGGACCUGUUGGUGUCGACCGUGUACCAGGACAUCAAGGUGGCGGCCCCCGGGCCCGCGUCGCGGCACCCGCCAUGUGAGCGCCCGCCUACUGCGCCCGCGCCUUUCAACAAGCGCCACUGCCGCAGCUUUGACUUCCUGGAGGCGCUGGACGGGGCGCCCAUGGAGGCCCGCACAGAGCCGCCGCCCCCAGAGCCUGCGGCGCCGCGCACCCGGCCCCGCGAAGGCGAGUCCCGGCGCCGCGCCCGCUCCAAGAGUGCGCCCCGCGCGCCCCCGGGCCUGGCGCCCGCGCCCGCCUCGCCGCCGGUGCUGCCGCGCCGAGGCCGGGAAGCCCAGCGGACGGCGCGGGCAGAGGCAUCGCCGCACAGGGAGCCUGCGUACCCCGCGCUGCGCGCGCUCGCCAACGAGCUGCACCCCAUCAAGCUGCAGCCGCAACGGGGCGGCCCCGGCCGCAUGGCGCCCCUCUGCGCCACCACCGGCCGCUGCGCGCCCCCGGAGCCGCCCGCCGGGCCCGCGCCCCAUGUCCGCUGCCGCCUGGACAUCAAGCCUGACGACGCAGUGUUGCAGCACACGGCCCGGGGCUCUCGGUCCUGCGGGCCCGCGGAGACCACGCCCUGGGCACGCGUCGCCCCCCAGUUCCACGGCCUCACCGUGCCCGGGCCUCGCCACAUGGGGCUCUCGCGCACGCCCACCCCCAGCGACACGUACUGCGCGGACCCCCGGGCGCUGUACUGUGACGGUCCGCUGCCUGGGCCCCGGGACUACACGGAGCGCCGAAGCCUGCCCUUCGCCACGCCGCCGGGCCCCACCCAAUUCUUCUACACCGAGGAACCCGAGGGCCACCCUGGCGGGUUUCCUGCCAGCCCCGGGCCGCCGUUGGACAGCUACUACGUCAGGCCCUUCCCGUCCGAGGAGCCCCCUGUGCCCAGUCCGAGGCGCAGCGGGGGCUACUAUGCGGGGGAAGUGCGCACCUUCCCGGUCCAGGAACCGCCCUCCCGUUCCUACUAUGCGGAGGCCGCGCGAGUCUACGGCGGCCCCCGCUAUGCUCCCGAGGAGGCCCGGGCUCACCCCCCUCUCCGCCCCUUUUACACAGAGGACUUCGGACGGUACCGCGACCGCGACGCCCUGGCUCGGACUUACCCCCACCCACGCAACAGCGCCGCCUGGGGUGACUGGGGCCUCCGGCCUUACCGCACCCUGCAGGUCGUGCCUCCCCAGGACUCUGGCGCGCUGCUGGCCUCUUGGCACGGCGGCACCGGCACCAGCCCGCCCCGGCUGGUGACUGACAGCCGCCACUACUCUCGCUCCUGGGACAACAUCCUGGCGCCCGGGCCGCGCAGGGAGGACCCCCUGGGCCGCGGCCGCAGCUAUGAGAACCUGCUGGGGCGCGAGGCUCGGGAGCCGCGGGGCACAUCCCCCGAAGGCCGGCGUCCGCCCGUCGUGGUGAACCUGUCCACCUCGCCCAGACGCUAUGCCGCGCUGUCCCUGUCGGAGACGUCACUGUCAGAGAAGGGCCGAGCGGGCGAGGGCCUGGGCCGCAACUGGUACGUGACGCCGGAGAUCACCAUCACCGACAACGACCUGCGCGCCGCCGAGCGUCCGACUGCCAGGGGCUGGGAGCUGCCUGGGGGGCGGCCGCGGCGGUCCCCGCCUGCCGCCCCGGAAGGCCCCACGGGUGGCCGCCAGCGCAGCCUCGAGCAGCUGGACGAGCUCAUCACCGACCUGGUCAUCGACUCUCGGCCCCCCGCCGGCCCGGCCCCCGACCCCGCGGCUGACGGCCUGGGCCGCCACCUGCGCCGCCUGCUGGACUCUCGGCCCGCGGGCCCCGGGGCGCCCGCGCUGGCGCCGCGCUCACCUCCCGCGUCGGCCGGCAGCGCCGAGGAGCCCGCGGGCCAGGGGCAGGCGGCCGACGCGUCCCCGGAGCCCAGCGCCGACGAGGACGACCUGAUGACGUGCUCCAACGCGCGCUGCCGGCGCACGGAGACCAUGUUCAACGCCUGCCUCUACUUCAAGUCGUGCCACAGCUGCUACACCUACUACUGCUCGCGCCUGUGCCGCCGCGAGGACUGGGACGCGCACAAGGCGCGCUGCGUGUACGGCCGCGUGGGCAGCGUGUGCCGCCACGUGCUGCAGUUCUGCCGCGACAGCGGCCCGGUGCACCGCGCCUUCUCGCGCAUCGCGCGCGUCGGCUUCCUGUCGCGCGGCCGCGGCGUGCUCUUCCUGGGCUUCCCGAGCCCGGGCUCCGCAGACAACUUCCUGCGCUUCGGCCUCGAGGGGCUGCUGCUGUCGCCCACCUACCUGUCCCUGCGCGAGCUGGCCACGCACGCGGCGCCCCUGGGCAGCUAUGCGCGCGAGCUGGCGGCCGCCGGGCGCCUCUACGAGCCGGCCGAGUGCUUCCUGCUCAGUGUGUCGGUGGCCGUGGGCCCCGGCGCCGCGCCCCCCGGCGCCUCCGGCCGGCCCGCGCCCGCGCCGCGCAGCCCUGGGCCCACGGUACGCAAGUUCGCCAAGGUGGCGCUGGCCGCCGGCAGCCCCGCGCGCCCGCCCCCGGCCCGGGGUCGCGAGCCCGACAUGGAGACGCUGAUCCUGACUCCGCCGCCCGGCACCGCCGGCCUGGACCAAGAGGGCGAAGCAGGCCGGCGCGCGCGCGAGGUGGCCUUCAUCCACAUCCAACGCGAGCUGCGGCUGCGCGGCGUCUUCCUGCGCCACGAGUUCCCGCGCGUCUACGAGCAGCUCUGCGAGUUCGUCGAGGCCAACCGGCGCUUCACGCCCACCACCAUCUACCCCACGGACCGGCGCACCGGCCGCCCCUUCAUGUGCAUGAUCAUGGCCGCCUCCGAGCCACGCGCGCUGGACUGGGUGGCCAGCGCCAACCUGCUGGACGACAUCAUGUGAGCCUCGGGGUCGCGCCCGGGCUCCGCCCAGCCCGCUCAGGGCCCGCCCCCUCCGACCCCGCCCAGUCCACGUGGGGCCCACCCCCGAGCGGCGCCCCGUCUACUCAGACACCGACCGCCCGGUCCACCCCAAGCCCACCCCGAGCCCCGCGCAGUCCACCGAGGGCCUGUCCCCGAGC